UUGCUUCGGUCUCUCAGACACUCGGGACCACGGCGAUACGGGACGGCGGAAAUUACGUCGUCGUUGAAAAUAAAUUUCGCGUACGGCGAAGACGGCGGACGUUGUCAGUAAUCGGCCGCACGAUGAAAGGUCUUGUAUCGAUAGAUCCUGUUCAAGAGGCCAUGGGCUCCCUGGGUCCAUGGCACAUCGUCAUCGCUGUGACGAUUUCCCUCGUCAAAUUUCCAGUAGCUUGGCAUCAGCUCUCCAUCGUAUUUCUUGCACCGCCAACUAAUUUCUCAUGCAUCGCUCCUUUAUCAGUAACUAACGAAUCCAUGACAAUGAAAUGUGACAUUGACGUCGGGAAUGGUACUAUAGAGAAGUGUACUGACUUCAAAUACGAUAAGCGAAUAUUCCGAGAAAGUAUCAUAACGCAGUGGAAUUUAGUAUGUGAUAGACAGCAAUUGGCAAAUUUUGCACAAUCUUGCACAAUGUUUGGUGUGCUCGUUGGUAAUUUAAUUUUCAGCAUGAUGGCUGACAGGAUUGGCCGGAAGAAACCAUUAAUGGUAGCGAUUGCGUUGCAAUCGAUAACAGGAUUUACAAGUGCAUUCGCACCGUGGUACGAAUUGUUCCUGGUACUCAAAUUUAUUUGUGCCGUAUCUACUGGCGGAACAAUGCUCGUCAGUUUUGUUUUACUUAUGGAGAUUGUUGGAGUCGAAUGGCGAUCGAUUAUGUCGGUUCUUUAUCAUGUACCAUUUUUAAUCGGACAUUUAAUGAAUCCUCUGAUAUCUUAUUUAACACUUACGUGGUACGGUUUCCAAAUGGCCAUUUCAAUACCAUCAGUUUUCUUAUUAGCAUAUUACUGGAUUAUUCCGGAAUCACCUAGGUGGUUACUAGCUGUGGGCAAACACAGAGAGGCGGAAAGAAUUUUGUUGAAAGCUGCUGGACGAAACAACAUCCCGGAAGAAAACGUAAAUCUAGCGCUUGAAACUUAUGACAAUCAGGCAAUUCGACACACAAAGAACAAUGAAAAAUAUAAUAUCACACAUUUAUUUAGAACUCCGAAUUUGAGACUAAAAACUGUAUACGUUAGUAUCAACUGGUUCGUCUGUGGUAUUUGUUUCUUCGGAUUAGCACAAUACAUGGGUCAUCUCGACGGCAAUAUAUUCAUUAAUGUCGCAGUUUCUGCCGCCAUGGAACUACCCGGAACUAUAAUAGUAUUGUUUCUGAUAUCGCGAGUUUCACGCUUAAAAAUUUUGAUGGGCGGAAACAUCUUGUCUGGCGUGAGUUUACUUCUGAUAACUCUUGUAAGCAACGCAAAUGUGCGGAUAUUUUUAGCUUCGCUAGGACUUGUGGGCAUGGCUAUUAGUUUUCCCACAGUAUAUCUGUACAGUGGUGAAGUAUUUCCGACUGUUGUGAGAAACGUUGGCGUUGGUUUGGGAAGUAUUUCUGCCAGAAUUGGAAGUAUAAUUGCACCGUACAUUGCUACAAUGGGUAAUAUCCAACCUUGGCUACCUCCAGUAAUAUUCGGCUUAGGGCCGAUAAUUGGCGCUAUACUCUGUUUAUUUUUACCGGAAACAAUGAAUUGCGAAUUGCCAGAGACAAUAGAAGAUGCCGAAAAUUUUGGAAAGAAAAAAUCCGAGGUAGAACAUUGACUUUGUAAUUAAUAUGUGACAUGCCUACUGAGUUGCAUAUUUUUCAUAAAUAUCUUAUAGAAAUAUAAUUUAAUACGAUAUAUUAAGUACAACUAUUUGAGAUAUUUUAUGUCAGUAUUUCUUAUUAGGUCUGUACAAAAGAUUGGUAUAAUUAUACUUUUCUAAUAUACUACAAUAAUGAAACCAUGUCUAAAAAAAAAAAGAAA